AUGAGCAGCGCGUCGAUCGAUACGACCCUCCCCGUGGACGAGGAGAAGCUCCCCUCGAGAGGGGGCGAGCCACCCCCGGCGGACGAGCUCGCCGCCCACACCGCCACACCCAACCCCCUCGCCACACUAUCCCGCGCGCACAAGUUGGCCCUCCUCGCCCUGUUCAGCGUGUCAAUGUUCAUAGACGGCGCGGGCAUCGGCGCGGCGUUCCUCCUCACCUCGGCCAUCUCGGCGGACCUGGGCAUCGCGCCGGCCAACGAGGCGUGGGUGCUGGGGUCGUACAGCCUGGCGUUCGCUGCCGCCUUGCUCGCGGCCGGGAGGCUGGCCGACGUGUUUCCUCCCAACCGGGUAUUCGUGGUCGGAUUUGCCCUGCUCGGUGCGCUAUCCCUCGGCACGAGCUUCACGAGCGGCCAGUACGCUUUCUUCGUGCUCCGCGCGCUCGGCGGCCUCGUCGCGGUGCUCACUGUCCCGUCGGCGAUCAACAUGAUCGUGCAAAUGUACCCCGACCCGACGGAACAGGCGAAAUCCCUCGCGCUCUUCGGCCUCGCUGCCGGCCUGGCGAAUGUGCUCGCCCUGCUCAUCGCCGCCGUGUGCCUCCUCGCCUCGUGGCGGUGGUACUUCCGCCUCGUGGCCAUCGUCGUGUUGCCGCUCUCGGGCGCAGCGAUGGCACUCAUACCGCGCUCGCGGGCCGUCGCGGAGGCGCUGGACGGGAAGGCGAAGCUCGCGCGCAUGGACGUCGGGGGCGUGCUCCUCCUCUUUGGGGCGAUGGUGCUCUUCAUCACCGCGUUCACGCAGGCUCCGGCCGCGGGGUACGCCUCGGCGUUGUUCCUCGCGCCACUGCUCCUCUCGCUCGUGCUCUUCCCCGCGUUUCUGGUCUGGGAGGCGAAACGCCCACGCGGGACGACGCUCCUCCCACAUGAUAUUUGGCAGCUGCCCAACAUCCUCCCCCUCGUCGUAAUGGCGUCGCCCUCGUUCCUCUGGUUCGCGACGUACCAGCUCCGCCUGGCAACCUGGUUCCAAGACGCUCUGCACCUUUCUCCACUCCUCACGGCGGCCAAGCUGCUCCCCGCCGGCGUGACCUGCCUCGUUGUCGGGCUGCUCACCCAGCCCUUCCCCGCACUCGUGACGCGCCCCCGCGUCGUCCAGCCCAUCGCUGCCGCACUCAUGUGCACAUCGACCAUCCUCCUCUCGUUCUCUGAUGGCGGUCGUGGUGUCAAUUACCCUCGCUUCAUCCUCCCCUCCAUGCUGCUUGGCUUCACUGGGGGGAUGCUCAACUUUGUCGGCACGAGCACGGCCAUUACGCAGGCGUUUCCCGUCGAGUUUGCCGGCGUCGGUGGCAGCUUUGCCCAGGUCGUCUUCCAGGUGUUUGGAGUCCUCGGGCUCGCGGUACAGACUGCCCUCCUGGGCACAGGCAAGCAAGGGGACGACUGGACCGGCAGCCGUAACGGCUACCUGUUCACCUCGGCCUAUGCGCUCGUUGCCGGGCUGGUAUUCCUCGUCUCGUUCCGCCCACACGGGCCGGCGGCGGCCGCGGAGUAG